CGACAUCAGAUUGUCUUCAUCUUUUGCAACGGCAAUAAUUCGAGAGAGGAGACGUUCUACUACGACCUCAAUCUAGAUGAGACAACAGAACUGUCGUUUGUGUUCGCAAAUGAUCAACUUGUAUUCUACAUCAACUGCUCUAAGAUAUACUCGCGCUAUGUCGCCAACGAUAGAGCCUUUCGUACUAACGACGGUGAUGAUACCUUGUUUGCUGCAUACUUCCUCUCGCGAGGGAACGGCAUCACCGACCUUCGGGCUGCACAAGUCUUCUUCGACUCUGAGUGUGAUGACGUUCCACGUCAAUCUUUGAAUGAUUUAGAACAAACAAAAGACGAUUAUUCAGAUAUUCUUGCUAAUCAAAUUAGUAGCUUAACCUCAUCUCUAAUGAAGUGGGAAGGAUGUGAAUGUGCAAAGUAUUGCAUGAGAGGAAGCGACAAAGUCAGUAACGGAUCUCAAUGGGACGUCGAACGUAAAACAUGUCAAUGUGUAAACGGAAGCAUUAUGUGCCAUUGCAGUAUUUCAACCUGCAACAAUGGCACGACAUUGUACCAAGACCCAAUCCACGAAUGCCCUACUUGUAAAGAUGGUUGUCUGUUCGGUGGAUCAAUGUACAAACACGGAGAGAAAAUGGCGGAUGGUCCCUUUCAAUGCAUUUGUGCGGAUGGCGAAGCGUCACUCUGUAGAGACACAAGAUACAUGAAUGCACAUCUUGAUAUUGCACCAUCAGUUGGGCCAACACCGCAAGCACCAACAACACCAGUUAUCCCCAAACCAUCUAAAGGUUGUGGUUUCUGCUGUCCUGCGUCAUAUCAGUGUCAUGAUCAGAUCGGGUACUGUGUGUGUAGCUGCUUGGGAUCCAAGUGUACUGAAUGUCAAGCCAAUGCUAUUGUACAUCCACUAACUGGGAAAUGCAGCAAUAUAGCAAAGACAUUCUAUCCGUUCCUGCAAAUUUACAAAUUGUAUCUCAACCAAUACGGUAAUUGAGUGAGUAUGAAAAUGCAUGAGAAAUGAUGAGACUUAACUGCUGUCAUUCACUGUUGUAUGUCGCUCUCUUUAAUUAUUUAUGAAUUUAAUUAUUUAUGAACCAAAUGAUGGAAAACAAGAUUCAAUCUGUAUA